AUGGAUAAACGUCAGAAAACACAGGCUGCGCAGCCAAAAAGGUCGCGUAUCUUCUCUCCCUUCCGUGCCCUCGGCAUGGUUUCGGACCAUGUGCCUUUUGCCUGCGGUUCCUUGGGUGGAACCUUCUAUUUGGUGACCUCUGUAGGAAGAAGUUUCCAGAUCUACGACGCUGCAACGUUGCAUUUGCUCUUUGUCUCGCAAAAGCAGACGCCGUCCCGAAUUCUGGCCUUAGCUGCGCAUUUCCACUACGUUUAUGCGGGUUACGGUGAUAAGAUCGGCAUUUACAGAAGAGGUAGACAAGAGGCAGAAAUCAGUUUAAACACCACCACUCCAGGUGCUACUGUUGCUCAUAUUUUGGUCUUCGGUGACUACUUGGCUGCUUUGGCCUCGGAUGGAACAUUGGACGUCUUCAAGAAACCUGCUGGCUCCAAGUUGCACACGGAACACUACACCACCAUUACCUCCAUAAACCCUGAGUUCGAUGGUCCUGUGGUGGGCCUUCUACACCCGCCCACAUACUUAAACAAAGUGGUUGUCGCCACAGCACACAGCUUGUACAUCGUCAAUCUUCGUACCGCCAAGGUUGUCUACAAAUCACAGCCUGCUCUUGAUGGAGAACAGAUCUCGUGCAUUGAACAUGCACCUGCGUUAGACAUUAUGGCUAUCGGUACAUCUACUGGCGGUGUUUACAUCUACAAUUUGCGCACGGCCAAGAUCAUGGGCCGCAGAAUCACCGCUUCGGUCAAAGACGUUUCUGCCCGUGUCGCAGCGCUUUCGUUCCGUACCGAUGGCUCGCACCACUUGGUUGCCGGUUUGAGUACGGGUGAGCUCUACUUCCAUGACUUGGAGAAAAACCUGCGUGUCCACCUUUAUAAAAACUGCCAUGCUGAGUCUUCUGGAGGUGUCGCAAACGUUCAGUUCUUGAACGGACAGCCCAUUGUAGUCACCAAUGGUGGUGAUAACCAAUUGAAAGAGCUCGUGUUUGAUCCACCUCUCUCUUCCACAAACACUGCCGUGAUCAGCCCUCCUCGUCACUUGCGUUCCAGAGGUGGCCACUCGGCUGCUCCAGUUGCAUUUGUCUUCCCUAAUGAAGACAAAUCUCACUUCAUUUACUCUGCAUCCAAGGAUCAAACGUUCUGGAGUUUUUCCAUGCGUAAAGAUGCCCAGGCACAGGAAUUGUCACAACGUCCACCAAAGAACGGCGGUGACCGCAAGGCUGGCUUGGUAGCCUCCAUGCGUGAAAAGUUCCCAGUUAUUACUAAUAUAUCCAUGUCUGUUGCCCGUGAAGGUCAAUGGGAGAACAUGUUAACAACACAUAAAGAUGAGGCAUUUGCCAGAACCUGGAACUCGCAACACAAAAGAGUCGGUCGCCAUAGUUUGCCUACAGUAGAUGGUGGAAUUGCCAAGUCUGUCUGCGUCUCCCAAUGUGGAAACUUCGGUCUUGUUGGUUCCUCUGAAGGUGGAAUUGGUGUCUACAACUUGCAAUCAGGCCUUUUGAGAAGAAAGUACAUGUUGCACAAAAAGAAGGCAGUUACCGGCUUAGCCAUCGAUGGCAUGAACAGAAAAAUGGUCAGUUGUGGUCUUGACGGUAUUGUUGGAUUCUACAACUUCUCUGACUCCAAGUACUUGGGCAAAUUGCAACUCGAUGAGCCCAUCACUGACAUGAUCUACCAUAAGGGAUCGGAUCUUGUAGCAUGCGCUUUGGAUGACUUGUCGAUUGUUGUCAUUGAUGUUGUCACUCAAAAGGUGGUCAGAAUCUUAUAUGGACACACCAAUAGAAUCACUGGUAUGGAUUUCUCUCCAGAUGGACGCUGGAUCGUCAGUGUCAGUUUGGACGGCACUCUUCGAACCUGGGACUUGCCAACUGGAGGAUGUAUUGACGGAAUUAGACUCCCCAGUGUCGCUACCAAAGUAAAAUUCUCUCCUAUCGGAGACUUCCUCGCCACCAGUCACGUUUCCGGAAACGGUAUCUCUUUGUGGACCAACAGAGCACAAUUUCAUCCUGUGUCAACGCGACACGUUGAGGAGGAGGACUUCUCAACGGUCCUUCUACCAAAUGUCUCUGGAGAUGGAGGUCUGACCAUGCUCGAGGGUGCGCUUGAUGCGCCCGACUCCGAGGACAUAGAUCUCGAUCAAUUCUAUCAGUCCGUGGAUCAGAUCAGCGAAGAUUUGUUGACUUUGGCCGUAGGUCCUAGAACCAAAUACCAGACCAUCUUGCAUUUAGACACUAUCAAGAAGAGGAACAAGCCCAAGGAGGCUGUCAAAAAGCCUACUCAAACUCCUUUCUUCAUGGCGCUCUCAGGAGAGUCUGUUGGUGACCGCGCCAUUGUUGCAGAAAAUGGCGGCGCAUCCAUCCAGAAGCCAAGUAACGGAGACGACGAGGGCUCGCGCCUUCUCAAUUUGAAGAACGGUGACCAGCACAAUUUCGAAUCAAAAUUCACCCGUCUUCUUCGAGAAGCUGCUACUGCUGGUGACUACUCUGCUUUCUUAGAGUUUUUGGUGAACGCAACUCCUGCCACCAUCGACCUUGAGAUCAGAGCUUUGAAUGCAUUCCCUCCAUUGACGGAGACGACCAACUUUGCGCGCGCACUUGCAGCCGGGUUGCGUAGCAAUGCCAACUUCGAUCUUUACCAGGCCAUCAUUGGGUUGUUCUUGAAGCAGCAUGGAGAUGUGAUCAACGGCACUGCCGAGGAGGAACUCCGCGAGGCCAUUGCGGCAUUGGAGGAGGAGAAUGCGGAGCAAGAAAAGAAGCUCGAUCUGUUGGUGAAAUACUGUUCGGGUGUUCUCGAUUUUGUUUCGACUAUAUAA